UUUGUAGCCUCUAAUGAGAAGCCAGGAAGAAUGAAUAGUGAGGACCUGGUCACUCUGAAUGUGGGAGGGAAGAGCUUUACAACAAGGCUCUCUACCCUAAAGCAGUUCCCUACCUCUCGGUUGGCAGGCAUGGUAGAUGGCAGAGACCCAGAGUUCAAGACAGUUAAUGGCCAGAUUUUUGUGGAUAGAGAUGGUGCUUUGUUUAGUUUCAUUUUAGAUUUUCUGAGGAAUCGUGAGCUUCUAUUACCGUCUGACUUUUCAGACUACCUUAGGCUUCAGAGAGAGGCGCUUUUCUAUGAACUCGAUUCUCUUGUUGAGCUCUUAAGCCAGCACCUGCUACAAUCAAGACCUGCUCUCAUGGAGGUGCAUUUCCUAAACAGAAAUACUCAAGCCUUCUUCAGAGUGUUUGGCUCUUGCAGCAAAACCAUCGAGCUGCUAGCUAGAAGGAUUACAGUGUUUGUAGAGCAACCUACAGCACUGGCCCGGAGCGGUAACCCCUUCCCUCCUCAGGUGACUUUACUUCCACUGCCUCCACAAAGACCUUCUCACCAUGACCUGGUUUUCCACUGUGGCUCUGAUGGCACUAUUGAGAACCAUGCUGGAGUCAGGUACAUUUCCAUAAAGCCAGAUAACCGAAAAUUGGCGAACGGAACAAAUGUCUUCGGCUUGCUGAUCGAUACUUUAUUAAAGGAAGGCUUUCAUCUGGUCAGCACUAGAAUGCCAGCCUCUGGAGACAAAAGUGAAGGCUACGUCUUUGAAAGGAUAAAACGCCCUCAAGUCCUUGGGGAGAAUAAAACACCAAAACCAGAAAAUACCACCAUACCACCGCCAUCCCAGAAGUAACACUGUAAAAAGACAGUAAAGGGAACAUGCUCUUCUUGUUUGGAAAUUCCAUACCUGAGCAUGUGUGCCAUCAGAUUUGGACUUGGUCUGACUUUGGAUGUUCUCUUCUACCUGCCUUUUUGACCUGGGCAACCCAGCCCAUCAUGCUUAAAGCUACCCUGCAGACUCUCUCAAAACAACUCUGCACAGGGGGUUUAGCACUUGCUCCUUCAAAGCCUUUCACCAUGAAAUUCCAUAGCUUUUAAAAAUGGGCUCUGAACUGUGUCUGAGUCUAGUCAUUUAUUAGCUAUGUGGCUUAAGUGAGGCAUUUCUGUGUUUCAACUUUAUCUAUUAACUAGGGACAAAAGAGUAUCCCCCUCAUAGUUAUGAGAGUGUUGGUUAAAGGGAACAAAGUUCUCAUUAUGUUGCCUGGCAUGUGGUAGGCACUCAGUAACUGUUAAUAAUGAUAAUGAUCAUGGGUCACUUGCUUUCAAACCCAUCUCUUCUCUGAGGCCUUGUUUUAUCCCUUCCCCUUGUUUACCUGCAGUGUCAGUGACUGAAACCUCAUGCAUGUAAAGUGUCCUCUAUGACUAACCUGUACU